GGAACAAUAGGUUAAAUAAAAUUUACUUUGAUGAUUCAAAACUAAACUUUUGUAGGUUAUCGAAAUCUUUGAAGCAGCUGGAAGGGUAGCUCGAGUUAAAUAUUCAAUCCUUAUUUAUUUGAAAAUAUUGCAAUUUAUCAUACAGCAGACAUACAAGUUUAGAAGUCGUAUGCCCGUCUUUCUUUCGGUCACGCAUACGGAGUUCUGACGUCAGGGACUGACGCAAAACACACAAAGAGUUUUCAAUGCAAAACAACAUUUGCGAAUAUAUGUAAUGCGAUAUGAAUAGAAGGGGUGACUCUAAGCCAAUGAAGACAGAACCUAAGCUCUCUUCGUUUCGUAAACGGCGUAUGUACUAAGUCGCAACUCUGAAUUCUUAAUAGUAAACACUUGUAAACAUUGAGUGGCGGGCUUGUCAUUUAGACGAUUCGCAUUCGUAGUAAUAUGAGUUGAUGAGUUUUAAUGUCAAAAUAUGAGCAAGUGUAAAAAAUUACAAGAUUAUAUUUUAUCGGUGGAUUGUGUAUUGAAGUCUUAAUGAGCAAUAAUUUCUAUAUGAAGCUUUUAACAUGAAGUUCUUUGAAGGAUGUAAUAUUUUCUUCAUAUUUUGUUUAUUACUCUUUGAGGAUUUAACUUGCUUUGCCAGCAAUGUGAAUGAGCAAAGCUCUUCUCAAGUAAAUAUGAGAGAAUAUGUGGAUCCACAUUCAAUGUAUUAUAGUCCUGGUCCUUAUAAACCUAAGAAAUCAAAUGUCAAUCGACAAUCAAAUACUGUUGAAAGUAGUGAAAUAGUAAUUAAACAACUUGAUGAUAAAAAGGAUGUAACUGAUAAAUCCUAUGAAGUUUUUGCUAGAAGAUUGAUCAAUAUUCUUAUUUUCAAGGCAAAUUUCAAGUCUUCAAAAAUGGAUGAAGGAUUACAAAUUGGUAAAAUAGAAUUAGAAGCAACCAUUGAAGAAUUAAAAAUAUUAAAAAAUUUUGGCAAUGGAAAAGCAUCAUUUGUAGAAAUUGAUGAUAUUAUUAACAAUGUUAUUCGUCGUGUCCAUACGAGUUUUUCCGAUGAUGCUAUAGAUUUUGUUGACAGAAUGAAAAUGUAUCUCUAUCAACAUAGAUUUAUUUUUGCAACCAUUUUCCUUAGUGUAUUGAUAAUAGUUAUUGGUUGUAAAAUUCAAUGGACACUAUUCAGAAGCUUGUCUCUCAUUACUCUUAUGAUGAUUUUAAUCAGUUUUAUGUUGACUUGGUUUGAAUUAUUGCAGGAAGAAGAAAUUAAACAAAUGGCUAAACAGGUCAUGUUUUCUUCAAUGCCUGAUGAAUGUCGUCCCAAUAAGCUGAGUUGGUACUCAUCUGUUAUGCUACAUAUUGGAUUUGGAAAAGGUGAUUGCUUUAGAUAUUACGAAGCAAUGAUGUCAGACGCUGUACUAAAAGUAAAUCCUAUGUAUGCAUUUUCUCACAUGUGUACCAAAUUUUUUUUACAUCCAAUAUCAUUACUGGGACAUUACUCAAAUGAGUUUAUCAGUGGUCUUACAGCUUCAUUGCCUUAUCCCGUAGCUAUUUUUGCUCAGUUGGUUUUGAUUCUUAUCGUACCGAUAUUGAUGUUUAUGCUAUUUUUCAUACUUUCCGGUGGCUCUUGUGGAUUUAAAAUAGGGCCUUUUUUUCACACUUACAUUCAUUCAAAACAAAAUAUUGUCAAUUCUCCAUCUGAUCCACAAUUGCUUUAUCAUGAUCGACAAUGGAUUGAAACUAUUAGAAAUGUUGUGCAUGAAGUUAAAUCAGAACAAGCAUUGUUACCAAGUAGUUCCAUUUCUGCUUCGCUGGAAGCUCCUCCAUCAAUUUCUACUGUGGCUUUGAACAAGAUGAAAGAAAAGUCAAAACCGAUAAAAAAAAAGAGAUUACAGGAGAAAAAAGAAAAAAAAAUUGUCUGUAAGAUACCACUAAAAUAUAAUGAAGGUGAUAGUAGUCUCAGUGAUAGUAGCAAUUCAAGCUACAAAAGUAGUACAAGCUAUCAAGCAGAAUCUACUUGUAGUAGUAACUGUAGUUCAAGGGAUGAUUUUUCAGAAAUUAAUGAGUUUGAAAAAUUAAUAAAAGGAGAAGCUUCUAAAGAAUUAGAAAUUCGAAAUCUUAAAAAUUAUGGUGGAGGAGACAACUAAUAUCUGUGAAUUCAGAGAAAUAUGUUUUAUGCCAGUUAAUAUACUGACAUUUAAAAAUGUGUAAAUAUUUGGAGUACUUAACAAACUCCAUAAUAAAUAGUUUCUGUGAUGUGACCCAAUGUUGAAACAGUGUUGAAUGAGAUAUCAAUGUCUCUUCUAAAUUUUAUCAAAAAAUUUUUACAAAUUCGUAUUAAAUUGUACAGGAUUGAUUCUAUCGUAAUUGCACUAUAAUUGUAAAUCUCAGCUGUUACAGCUGAAUAUUUUUAAUACAUGUUAUCUUUUUAAAAUACAAAACCUGCCUUAAUUUUUAAAA